AUGUGUAAUUUUUCAAAGUCGAGUCUCUAUUUUGUAGCCAUUAUUUUACUGCCAGUAUCGUUACCAGAGAUAAUUUUUCUUGAAGGAACUUUGAACGGCAGCCGCCCAGUAACUUCCAACAACAUUUUUUUCUUCUACCCCAUAUCAUGCAACAAAUCUUCAUCCUCACAAAGUCAACGAAAUGCGAAGAUUGUGAACGAUACCAUUUUCGCAGCACUAGCAAGAACAGAAGAACACGCAAGCUUGCAAUCUGAGAGGAUGGUCUGGACGAUGGUGAACACGUGCAACUUCAGCGUCGGACGCACGGCACACCUCAUGAUCAACAGUCAUCUCCGGCAGUUCAGAAACAGCAGAAACAAUUCUGUCGUGUUGUUCGGCUCGCCUGGCAACGACAGUCAUUGUGAGAUGGUCAACUUGUUAAUCGGAGUGCUACAAAAAGUAUUAUCCGGAAAAUCUAACGUUCAAACGUAUUUGAUAACAUGGGAGUGCAGUUUGCCGCAAGAUUCAACAGACCAAUUAACAUUUUCUACACCAGUUUCUCCUUCGACAACCGCCUCAGCAACUUCAACAACGUCAUCACCAACUAAAACGACACCCACAAGAAGAAAUCCAGCGACGAAUACAAAUCUCAUCUCUACCAAACCACAACCAAAAGAUGUAGCCAGUGCCAUCUACAUAAUUUUAAAUUCCUUAGAAUUGGAUGACAUGACAAUAAUAAGCACAAAGUCCUCAAAGAUGUACAUAGAUGCCUCACGCGAGCUCGCCUUGCUCUACAGCACCCUCUACAGACAAGCAGAUUCACCAUCUUCCUUGUUAGAAAUUAUUUUUGCUGACUUCAUCUGUCCAACAAAUGAAAAAAGUGACGACGAUGAUUAUAUUUACUACGAUGCACAAGUUCCUCAGUCUGAUGAGUUCAUUUUGAAAAAGCACCAAGGAACGAAAGAUUUUGUGGGGCACGCAAGAAAUUUGUGGAAAGUCAUUUCAGCUGAUUCCAAAGCCGAAUUAAAAUUGAAUCCUAGCAUAUAA